AUGGAGUUCAAGGAGACAGUUCUCAAAUUCCAAUCCGCGCUACUAGAGACGAUUGAGCCUCGAAAGGACGGUCCUGUCCUACUAUUAAUCGCAGUCAAGACAUUUCCUGCUUCCUUGCCACGCCCAGGAUAUGGUCUCAAUGCCACUGCAAGCCACCUGAUAAAUGAUAUCUCGCCAGGCCUCUCCUGUUCAAGUCUUUCUCCACGGUAUUAUGGUUUCAUUACCGGUGGCUGUACAGCUGUAGCCUUUUUGGCAGACAAUCUCGUCUCUGCUCCGGACCAAAAUGUCCAGACCUGGAGAGGUAUCUUUACCUCAGGAUUCUCCGUAAGCAAUCUUAUGGCCAUUGCGUGUGGCCAGGAAUAUGGUCUUGCGAAGAGAGGAGCCACAGACCUAUGGACAAUCGGACUGAUGGAGGCCCGUGUUGCUGCUGGCGUGAAUAAUUUCUAG